CGUGCUUUUGUUUUGAUUAUCGUAUAUUUUGUAUUCUUGUACAAUGGCACGAAAAUUUAAAAGUAAAAAACAAAAAAAAGUAAAAGACGUAUUUGAACAAAUAUCCAAACGUGAUGAAGAGUUAAAAGGAAAAACUAACGAGCCUCCCAAAGAUCCUAAACGUCAAGAUGUGCCUCGAAGUUUACGUGAAUUUAUGCAACUAAAAAAAUUAGCAAAACGUAGUCAAAAAAAUUUAAACCAACCAUACAUUGAUAUAGGAAAUAGGUUUACAAAAAAUAAUCAAAAAUGUGCAUUUGAGCUAGAAGAAAAACCUGAACAAGUUCAUGUUAUUCGGGAAAGUGGAGUUGUUGCUACUGAAUCUGUAGCUGUUCAGACUACUAAAGAAAAAUUAGUACAAGCUAAACGAAAAAGACAACUAAAAACUAAACUAAAAAGGGAGAAAAAAAAAGAGAAAAAAAAGCAAAAACUUGAAGAAGUUACACAAAAUAAAGUAGAGCAUGCGACUGAAUAUGUAAAAGACAAUUUCGAAUUUGGAGAAACUGUUCAUUGUCCUCCAAAUUUGACUGUAAAACCAAGAAAAGCAGUUAUUAAUCAUUUUGAAAAUAGACCUGGUCGUAAAGAUGAUUUGUUCUUGAAGUCAAUGUUAGCAGAUACUGGAAAUUCUGCAAAAACAAAGAAAAUAAGUGAUGUCAUUCUAAAAAAACCUAGUAAAAGCGCAAUUCAACGAAAAGCAUUUACAGGCAAGCGUAAAGCAUUAUCUAUUUCUGACCGAAGGAUAAUAGAAAAAGAAAGAGAAUCGGCUGUGUUAGCAUACAGACAGUUAAAAAAAAAUGUAACCAAUAAAACUGAAUAAAAUCUGUAAUAUUUAUGUAAAAUA